AUGGCGCUCUGCGCGCCGCCCUGGAGGCCACUGGCCAAGCCACUGGUAGCACGGCGCUGCACGUCGGUGCGGCUGCCUAGAACCUCUGGGCCCUUUGCUAGCUUCGAGACGUUUGGGUGGCGCUGGAGCUCCAACCACACGGUGGACGAGAAUUUGCUCCGCUUGGCGCUGGUGGCUCGAUUCAACUGCUUCCGCGUGGCGAAUUACACCACCGGGCGGUGCAGUGCGAUGAUGUGCCGACCGCCGCGUGUGAGCGGCUCCCGCGUGGAGGUGGAGGUGGUCGGCUUCGGCGUCAACGCGCCGCCCCGCUUCCAGCGCGCCCGAAGAGAAACGGACGAAGGGGGAGUCUUCCCCCGCGACGUGUGGGCGGGCGUGCGGCCCUUCAGCCGCAAGACCCCGGCCAACAACGAGAUCCACUCGGAGAUGUCCAUCCUGGGCCGUUGCGCAAGAGCGGGCAUCCCGGUGAAGGGCGCCUGGUUCUACGUGGCGCUGCCGCCCUGCUGGGAGUGCUGCAAGGCGCUGGUGGCCGCCGGCGUGGCCCGCGUGUUCUUCAAAGGCAAAGGACGGCGGGGGCCGGUGCCCAUGAAGCUGAACUCCAAGGAGAAGCGCUUGGCGGAGGCCUGUGGCAUGGCCUGGGUGGCGGCGGAGUUCAGCGUCGAGAGGGAGGAGUAUGUGGAGGAGAUGUGGGAGGCCUACAAGCAGGAGUCCGGCCUGGACCGGGCCGCCGUGAAAGCGCAGGAGUCCCAGCGGCCCCUCUAUGAUUUUUGGGUCACGGAUGAUUCGCGCGGCAAGUGCCAGGGUGGCCUUUGGCAGAAGAUCAAGCUGCCGGUCUAUGCCGGGCUUUGGUACUUCUUCAAUGUCCAAUACAACAUCCAGAACAAGAGGUUGCUGAACGUGUUCCACGCCAACUGGGCAGUCUCCUGGGUGCAGCUGGCGGCUGGAAUCCCCAUCGCCCUGCUGAUGUGGGGCAGCGGCUUCAUCAAGGCCCCGAAGCUGACGAAGGACGACCUGCUGAAGCUGGCGCCGGUGGGCGCCGCCUUCGCGGCGGGCCAGGUGGCCACGGUGGCGUCGCUGGGCGCCGUGGCGGUGUCCUUCACCCACGUGGUGAAGGCCCUGGAGCCCGCCGUGAACGCCAUCGCCUCCGCGCUGGUCCUGGGCCAGGUCUUCCACCCCAUGGUCUACGCCUCGCUGCUGCCGGUCUUCGCGGGCGUGGCGCUGGCCUCCUCUAAGGAGCUCUCCUUCACCAUGUUCGGCUUCUUGACGGCCAUGGCCUCCAACUUCUUCUUCGUGACGCGGAACGUGCUCGCCACGAAGUUCGGGGACGUGGGCGACAUGGGCACGGAGAAGACGGAGCGGAAGACCAAUCAGCUGGCCGUGCUCACGGCCGUGGCUGCGACCGUGCUGCUGCCGGUGGUGCUGGUGCUGCCCGGAGGUUUGCUCUCCUUCGGCGCGGCUUGGAAGGCAGCCCUCGCCACGGGGGUGAGCUCGCACAAGCUGGCGUACAUGAUGGCAGCUUCUGGCUUCCACUUCUUCAUGUACCAGCUGUCUUCAUUCUGGGUGCUCUCUUGCGUGCCACCCAUCACGCACAGCGUGCUGAACACCCUGAAGAGGGUAGUGAUCAUCGUGGUGUCCAUCAUCGUGUUCCGCACGCCGGUCACGGUACAGAGUGCCGCAGGCACUGCCGUCGCCAUCGGCGGCGUGUUGCUGUAUUCCCUGACAAAGGCCCACUAUUCCAAGAAGACGUCGGAGGAGAAGAGCAAAGAAGUGAAGCCCCAAGCAUGA